AUGGCGGACGAGUAUUCUUACCCUCUGCUCGUCGAGCUCGACAAAAACAACGUAGAGAGAUUAAAGUUUAAGUUGACUAAAUACUUUCAAAGCAAGAAAGCCAACGGCGGAGACUGUGAAGUGGAACAUGAAAGCGGCAGCAGAACAGCAGCGCUGCGCUUCCGCACACAGGGAGACCAGAUGAAUGUUUUGGGGAAAGCAACACAUGAGAUGACUUUGAGUAAAGGUGUUACUCUCAAAAUGACAGUUCGCUUACCUCCAGAUGAGAAAGCAGCACAGGAAUCAGGUUCACCUGAUCAACUUGACAAGAAAUUGGAUGUUGCAGAGGCAAAAGGCAGAUAUGAUGAUGAUGCAGAAGAGGAAGAGCCCUGCUCCACCUCAGCUGUUUUAGGAAACAUUCCAGAGACCUUUGACCGGAUGAUGUUGGAGUUGGUGGUGGAACACAUAUUAAAGAAUCACGACUCUCCAUCUGACCCCCCAUGUUUCACAUUGGAAAUCAUUCCUGAAAUCUCGUCUACUGUGGUUUCUUUCCAGGGGGCAAAAGAAAACCUGGACUUUGUCAGGCGCUGCCCUGAAAGCAAGACAUUUACAAGCAAGGGACUGUCAGUGCGACUUCUUGAAGUCACAAAGCAGGUUGCGGUGGAAGACAUCCAAAAUUUAAAUGAAGGUGUCUUACAGCUGUAUUUUGAGACUGAAGGUGGGGAUGUAGAAAAUGUUGAGAUCAAUGAAGAGCAACAAUCUGCCGUCAUCACGUUUAAAGACGAUAAAGCUUUUCAGAAAGUCCUGAAGAAGAAGAAGCAUUGCAUCGGAGAGAAAAAGAUCAGAGUUUUUCCCUUCUAUAAAUCAUUGGGAACUGCCCUCUAUGGCCAAGACAGGCCUUCCCUAAAUCUCCCAGCUCCUGUCUCUGAACCCAUUGACAACGCUGUCUGGAGAUACCUCAAGGACAGUCAAUCAGCAGCAGAGUCCAUUCGCAGUGACUUAGCUAAACACUUCUGUGAUGUAAACCUCCACCAAUCUACUGUGUGCUUGAGCCCCAUGCCCUCACUACUUAAGCAAAUGGAAGCCAAAGCCAUGGUCAGGGAGUGGGGGGAAACUGUGAAGUCAGCCUUUGCGCAAGCUGUGUCAAAAUAUAAAUCCAUCAAGUUUAGGCCUGAGUCAGAGGUGUGGGAAGAGUCUGAGGAGAAUUUCAGACAAACGCUACAGAAUAAGGGUGUUGUCGUUGUUCCUGACAGAACCAGUGGUGUCUUAUCAGUGGUUGGCCUUGAGGACGAUGUCAACAGUCUUGAGGACACUCUUUGUGAAGUCAUAAAAGAAAUUGUCAAACGGAGACAGAGGGCGAAAUCGAGCAUAACCCAAGUGAUCAAAGUGCCCCCGUCAGUAUUCCACCUCUUGUGUAAUGACGAUCUAAAGGAAAAGUUGCUAGGCGUGUACCCAGAACUCAAAAUGUCAUUCAGGACAGAGAGUUCAACUUUGACGGUAACCGGCAUCAGCGAGGAGAUUUUGGAAGCACAAAGAGUCAUAUGCGAUGCAACAUGUUCAGUAAAACGAUCAACUUUAGAAAUGGAUACAUUUGUGCUUGAUUUGUUGAAGGGUGAAGAGGAAGGCGAGCUUACAAAUGCUCUCUUAACAUCUAAUGGAAUAAAUGCCGCAUUCGAGAUCAAUGCACAGAAGGUGCAGCUUCUUGCUUUUUCAGAUAGAGAUCUAAAUGAAGCUACAGAACACCUGCAAGGGCUUCUGAUAUCAGAGUACAUUGAUGUUGAAGAUUGUAGUAUUCUGGAGAAGCCAGAGUGGAUGCAUCUAGUCAGUCAAGUAGAGAAUGCUUACAGUAAGCCAUGCAGAAAACUCCAGAUCCACACCACUGAUCAACAAGUUGUGGUGUGCGGUCACACGGACAGUGUUGUGAAAGUUAGCAGUGAGCUUCACCAGUUCUUAAAGCAGAAUGCUCAAGUUGAAGAAAUUAUUGUCGUCAAGCCCAACACCAUAGUUGAAUAUGUUAAAAAACGCAAAUCAUCUUCUUUGGAGAAGGUGAAAGGCAACGUGGUGGUGUCCUUCAGAAAUGAAGCCAUUUGUCUGAGUGGUUCUAGAGCUGAGGUCACAUACUGCAAGAGUUCGGUCGAAGUCUUGGUCAACUCUGUCAUCUGUGACAGUUUAAAAGUCUCCAAUCCUGCAGUCCAAACGUUCUUCCGGGAAAAUGAAAGAAUGUAUGUUUCCUCACUGUUGGAUGAAACUGGUUGCCUGGUCCAACUGGUUGAUGACACCAAUGGUAAACAGGAUCAGGGACCAACACCUGUUUACAAAGUUAAGACAUUUAAUGGAGUGGAAAUAGCCGUUUGUAAGGCAGAUAUGUGCACUUACCCAGUUGAUGCAGUUGUCAAUUCUUCUAACAAAGACUUGAAACAUGAUGGAGGUCUCUCAGCAGCCCUAUUGAAAGCCGCUGGUCACCAGCUGCAAGUUGAAUGUAACAAAAUAAUUGCCUCGAUGGGGCAGCUCAAGCCCGGAGAAUGUGUCAUAACUGAUGCAGGAGGGCAGCUUUGUUGCAAAAAAAUUAUCCACGUGGUGGGACCAAUAUUUGAUCCAGCUGCAUCCCAGAAGGCUGUGGUACAAAUGAAAAAAGCCGUUAGAGGAAGCUUAGAACUUGCUGAAAGGCAUCGCUUAAGCUCUGUUGCUCUGCCCACCAUCAGCAGAGUCCAGGGCUUUCCUCUCGACUUGUGUGUGACGACCAUCGUCAAAGCAGUGAAGGAACACUGCGAUGAGUGUGAUGAUGAUGACUUGAGGUGGAUUCAUUUGGUGGACAACGAUGACACUGCUGUUCAGGCAAUGGAGAAAGCUCUUAGACGUGAGUUUAAAAACGACAGUGCUAGUCAGUCGCCAUGUCUUCAGGCUAAAGCUACCAGAUCUCCACUUAAGAAACCUGUAGGAUCUUCUUCAGCUGACCCAAACUGCUUGGGUCACGUGAAGACCAAAGAGGGCUUGGACAUUAUUCUUACAAAAGGAAAAAUCCAGGAAGCCAAGACGGCGGUGACUGUAAACACUGUGUCUGAAGAUCUUGCACUGAACAAAGGAGCAGUGUCACACGCCAUCUUCAGUGUGGCUGGACCCCAACUUCAGCAGCUGGUAAAUGCCAAGAGUGCUGGUGGAAAUGUUGGGGAGAUAAUUGUGACGGAUGGCUGCAAGCUGAAGAGUAAGCAAGUCUUUCAUGCAGUUGCACCUGAUUGGGACAACGGACAAGGCACCGCUGAAAAGACGUUGAGUGACAUUUUUAAGAGUUGCUUGGAGACGGCUGAGGAUACUGGCCUGACCUCCAUAUCCUUCCCCGCCAUUGGCACAGGAAACCUGGGUUUCCCAAAAAACCUUGUGGCUUCUUUGCUGUUGAAAGAAAUCUCAGCCUUUAGCAGUAACAAACAACCCAAGCACCUGAACACGGUUGUUAUUAUCCUUUAUCCACAAGACGCACAGACUAUUCAGGCUUUUAGUGAUGAGUUUAUGAACAAGUUCCCUAGUGCCCCAGGUGGUUCAGUGUCCCCGAGUUCACCACAAGCUCAAGGUCACUUCUCUAAAGUGGUCUCGAGCUCGGGAGCACACGAGACAAAAAUUAAAGGUGUGGUGAUCCAGGUGGCAACAGGAGACAUAACCAAGGAGACCAGUGAAGUCGUUGUCAACUCCUCCAAUGAAGCCUUCUCUCUUAAGACAGGAGUAUCCAAGGCUAUCCUGGAUGCAGCUGGGCAGGCUGUUGAAGCAGAAUGUCAAACCCUCGGUGCCCAGGCCAACACAGGCAUGAUAUUGACCCAGCCUGGUAACCUGAUGUGUAAGAAGAUCCUCCACCUGGCCGGACAGUCUGACCCAGUAAAAAUCCAUAAUGUUGUGAAAGACGCACUCCAAAUGUGUAUGAAAAACUCCUUCACCUCGGUCUCAUUUCCUGCCAUUGGCACAGGUCAAGGUAAUGUUCAGGCAAGGCAGGUGGCCGACGCCAUGUUUGACGCAGUGACUGAUGUGCUGAGCCAAAACACUUCCGUCUCCCUAAAGACAAUUCGGAUCGUUAUUUUCCAGCCCCAGAUGCUGCAGGACUUCCACAGUAGUAUGCUCCAAAGAGAACAAAGAGAAGCCCCUAAACUUAAAGAUAAGGGAACUAAUGAUAAGGACAACAGCUGGUUCUGGGGAAGCAUACGCACCAUCAAAUCAUUUAUAAAAGGCGAUGGUACUGGCAAACAACAGAAUGGAGGAGACCUCGCACCCGUGGAAGUAGAACCAACUUUGUUUCACAUCUGCGGCGACACAAAGGCCAACGUUGACUCAGCCAAGAAGUGGAUCACUGACCGGAUAACCAUUGACCAAACCUCACACGUUAUUUCAGACCCCGCCGUCCUAAGCUUCUCUGAUGCAGACCUUCAGCACAUCGCUGACAUCCAGAAGAGGGUGAACAUAACGAUUGACAAGGUCCAAGCCACGUUGACAAUCGAGGGAUUCAGCAAGAACGUUCUGAAGGCCACCAGUGUGAUUACGAAAAUGCUGAAGAAGAUGAAGGAUGACGAGGAUCUACAGAAGGACGUGGAGCUGGUGAGCACAGUGGCAGACUGGCAGUACCAACCGCAAGGGAGUCAGUUUCAGAGUUUUGAUUCCAUGACAAACUUCCAGCUCGAGCAAGCAUGGCAGAAGAAUCAACCAAAUGUCACAGUCACAGUACAGGGCCGCAAUUACACUGUCGCUUUGCCGAAAGGACCAGCCACUGACAGCCAGGGCAAUUCUCUGCAGAUAAAGAGAAUUGACAAACUGAAAGGAGAAGAAGUACCGGUCCACUGGGAUCCUAUGCCUCCCAACACGUCGAGUCACGCUGUUACCAUCAAGGCUGGAACACCCGAGUACACUGAAGUGUUGAAUCUGUUCCAGGCCUCUUGCAAUCGUGCCGUCACUAAGAUUGAGAGAAUCCAGAAUCCUGUGUUGUGGAAAAGCCUUCAGAUCAAGAAGCGUGACAUGGAGCAGAGGAACGGUCAUCAGAACAACGAGAGACGUCUCUUUCACGGCACCUGCCAGACCACCAUAGGAACGAUCAACGAGCUCGGCUUCAACAGGAGCUACGCAGGAAAGAACGCUGCUCGUUACGGCAAUGGCACAUACUUUGCCGUCCAAGCGAACUACUCGGCCCAUGACACAUACUCCAAGCCGAAUCCGAAUGGAGAGAAGUGCAUGUACCUCUGCCGGGUGCUCACCGGGGAUUUCACUGUCGGACAACCAAACAUGAUCACGCCGCCAGCCAAGGGCGCCAGCUCUGUCCAGAUGUACGACAGCGUCGUGGACAAGGCGGUCAAUCCCAGCAUGUUUGUUAUAUUCCACGACAGCCAGGCUUGUCCUGAGUAUUUGAUUACAUUCAAAUGACGUUACUAUGCACUAUCAUAACAAUAACACGUGCCUUAAAAUGUUAUGCUGCUAUUGGAAAGCAUACACUUAUCAUAACGUAGUGCUUUUUUUUUUUGCCUUUUUUUUACAUUUUUAUUAAAUCUAUGUAAAGGGCAAAAGUUUAAUUUAGUUCUUUCCUGGUUUACAAAUUGUCAGUAGUAAUCACAAGUCACACCAGUAUAACUGUCUCUCUUAUACAAUGAAAAUUGGAUGAGUUUGUUUAACUAUUCGUCUCAUCAUGUGUAUAUUAUCAUGGAAACUCUUUGUUUGGUUGUUGUUGUUGUUUUUUUUCCUCAGUUACAAUCCACGUCAGUGCAAAUAAACUUGAUACAAGCACAGAAUUGUGUUGUGUU